UACGUAGCCUACUCUCGAAUCUCGACCACCUUGAAAGCCUUUGUUUCAAAAUGACACCUCUUCACAUUUUCCUCCUCCUCUCCCUCCUCUCCAUCACCACCUCCACACCCCACACCAUCACCCUCCCCCUCUCCCCCUUAUCCACCAACCACCCCUCCCACACCCUCAAACUCGCCGCCACCACCUCCCUCACCAGAGCCCGCCACCUCAAAAAAACCCACCACCACUCUCUCCUCAAAACCCCACUCCACCCCAAAAGCUACGGUGGCUACUCCAUCAACCUCAACUUCGGAACCCCACCGCAAACCUUCCCCUUCCUCCUCGACACCGGAAGCACCCUCCUCUGGCUCCCAUGCUCCUCCCACUACCUCUGCUCCAAAUGCAGCUCCUUCCGAAACACCCCCAAACCCUUCAUCCCCAAAAACUCUUCCUCCUCAAAGCUCCUAGGCUGCUCCAACCCCAGAUGCGCUUGGCUCUUCGGCCCCAAUGUUAAAUCCCACUGCUGCAAACAUAACGCCGUUAACUGCUCCCAAACGUGUCCACCCUACACUAUUCAGUACGGCCUCGGCUCCACCGCCGGGUUCUUACUCUCGGAAAAUCUCAACUUUCCCGAGAAAAUCGUGAACGAUUUUCUCCUCGGCUGCUCCGUCGUCUCCGUCUACCAACCCACCGGAAUCGCCGGCUUCGGCCGCGGCCCGGAGUCUCUACCCUCGCAGAUGAACCUCACAAGAUUCUCCUACUGUUUACUCUCUCACAAGUUCGACGACUCGCCGUCAACGUCUAGCAACCUCGUCUUGGAAACAACCUCCCAAGGAAGAACAAAAACUAACGGCGUCACCUACACGCCGUUUACGAAAAACAUAAACACGAACCGAAACCCCGCGUUCGGCGCGUACUACUACGUCACCCUGAGAAGAAUCGUGGUUGGGGGGAAGCGCGUGAGGGUUCCGAAGAGGCUGUUGGAGGUUGACGCCAACGGCGAUGGUGGGCUCAUCGUGGACUCGGGCUCCACGUUCACGUUCAUGGAGAGGCCCAUUUAUGAUUUGGUGGCCCAGGAGUUCCGGAGGCAGGUGAACUACACGCGCGCGCGGGAGGUUGAGGCGCGCUCCGGGUUGGGUCCGUGCUUUGUUGCGCCUGGCGGCGGCACGACGUCGUUUCCCGAGAUGAGUUUUGAGUUCAGGGGCGGCGCAAAGAUGAGGCUGCCCGUGGCGAAUUAUUUCUCGCUGGUCGGGGAGGAGUCUGACGUGGCGUGUUUGACCGUUGUGUCUGAUGACGUGGCGGGUCCCGGCGUGGCGGCUGGACCGGCUCUUAUAUUGGGGAAUUAUCAGCAGCAGAAUUUUUACGUCGAGUAUGACUUGGAGAAUGAGAGGUUUGGAUUUCGGCGUCAGAGUUGCAAAACGAGCGUUUAAGAUUAAUUAUUGGGUAGGGUUAGUUGAAGUUGUAACACUGUUACUUUUCUUUAUUUUUCUUAAUUUUUAAUUAUUUUUUUUCUUCUUAUCGAGGACUAAUGCAUUGGAUUUUCACGAUUAAUAAGUGAAUAUACUCUUGGUGUUGUCAAAAAGUGUCGAACCAGAUAUUUUAACAGCUGCUUUGAUUCAUAUAUACAUAGAAAGUGUGUUGUACAGUGA